UGACGUACUGUAUUUUCGGUGAGGUUCUUUCCGGUUAGCUUACAGACAUGAAGGGUCAGUUAAAGAAAGGUGUGGAAGUAAUACCAAGCCGGGAAAACUGCGUUUAUACCAGCUGUUAUUGUGAGGAAAAUGUUUGGAAGCUCUGUGAGUUUAUUCAAGCACAGAAAAUGGUUCCACUGGACCAGUUUGCUGUAAUUUUCAUCUCUAACGACACCAGAACGGUUCCUCUUUGGAGACAAAAGUCCGGACAUGACGACCGGCCGGUGAUCUGGGACUACCACGUGAUCCUGCUGAAGGUGGGUGUGAAGUCAGACAGUGUGAUCUAUGAUCUGGACUCGGUGCUGCCGUUUCCCUGCAGCCUGCGGCUCUACGCAGCUCAGGCCCUCCGGUCGGACCGCAACCUCAGACCUGAGUAUCACAGGAAGUUGCGAGUGGUUCCUGCGAACAGCUUCUUGUUGAACUUUGCGUCCGAUCGAUCUCACAUGAGGAAUUCUGAUGGAACCUGGAAGAUGCCUCCCCCAUCAUACCCCCCCAUUUUUACGGCUGAGAGUAAGAUGAACCUGGACGACUUCAUUAGUAUGAACCCCGCCGUCGGCUGGGGAACCGUUUACACUCUGGAUCACUUUCUGCUGAAGUUUGUAGAAGCUGCCUCUACGUCUGCUUCAUCAUCAACUACAGCGUUGUAGCAGCUGCUGGUUGUAGCUUCAGGUCUUGAGGUUGGAGAAGGAUUUUCCUGCUAAAGACCUGGUGGAGCCAGCUGCAGGUGAAAGUGCCUCCUGACAGGGAAAGACUGUUGAGGACUUCCAUUUGUUUGUGAAAAUGUGGCCCAGUGAAAUCCUUUUCCAUCAUAAGAAAAGUAUAAAUGUAAAUAUUCUGUACAGAUUAAGGGGUAAAUGCAUAGUUUUCUGGUAACUAUGGAAGCAGAUCUGUUUUUUCUAAUUUUGUAAAUUUUUAUGUAAAAAGUUUACAAAAAUAAACUUUUUGAGACAACUGA